AUGUCUAGGCAAGAAACAGGCGCCAACGCCGCCUCCAGGGUCGUUGCUUCCCGGCGAGGCUCGGCAGUACCCAGAGCUCCAGAGCGGCGGCCCUCGGAGGAACCGAAUAGAAGAGGUCGCGGGGGCCGUAGGGGCGGAAGGGGUGGCAGAGGUGCCGGCUGGAGAGACACUUCCAGUCUCCCAGAAUCUUCGGCUGCUAGUCCGGAGGAACCGCCGCUGUGCUUUGAAUUGAAGUGCGAGUUGGUGGGCACAGUGAUCGGUCGUGGUGGGUCAAAAAUAAGAGACAUUCAAAGUACAACAAACACCAAAAUACUGAUAAUAAAAGGGUAUCCUAAAUCAAAAGUCAAAAUUUUUGGAAGCAAGGUGAUGCAAGCAAAAGCAAAAGCAGUAAUAGAUACACUUGUUAAAAAGCAAGAAGAAAAUUAUUAUUCAGAAUCCAGAGUUGAUACUGUUGCAUCACAACCUUCUGCUGGAAGAAAUGUAAGCACAGACGACAGUGUUGACACAGAAGAUGAGAUAGACUGGGACCAAAUUCGAGAAGAUGCUUUGAAAUGGAAAAAACAAAAAUGGGCAGAUUUGCCUCCAAUUAAGAAAAACUUUUAUGUUGAGACAGUAGAGACAAGCUCUAUGUCACAAGUACAAAUAGACAAUUGGAGAAAGGAAAAUUAUAAUGUAAUGUGUGAUGAUUUGAAAGAUGAUGAAAAACGUCCUAUCCCUAAUCCUACCUGUAAAUUUGAGGAUGCUUUUCAAUGUUAUCCUGAAGUUAUGGAAAACAUAAUAAAGGCAGGUUUUCAAAAACCAACACCAAUUCAGUCACAAGCAUGGCCAAUAGUUCUUCAAGGAAUAGAUCUUAUAGGAGUAGCCCAAACUGGAACGGGGAAGACAUUGUCCUAUUUAAUGCCUGGAUUUAUUCAUCUUGACUCUCAACCAGUAGCUAGAGAUAAAAGACUUGGACCUGGCAUGCUAGUCCUUACACCUACUAGAGAAUUAGCUCUUCAAGUGGAAGCUGAGUGUUCUAAAUAUUCAUAUAAAGGUCUUAAAAGUGUUUGUAUAUAUGGUGGUGGAGAUAGAGAUGGACAAAUACAAAACCUUACAAAAGGCGUAGAUAUCAUUAUUGCAACUCCCGGAAGAUUGAAUGAUCUGCAAAUGAAUAACUUUGUCAACCUGAAAAGCAUAACCUACUUGGUUUUAGAUGAAGCAGACAAGAUGCUAGACAUGGGAUUUGAACCCCAGAUAAUGAAGAUUUUGUUAGAUGUGCGUCCAGACAGGCAGACUAUUAUGACAAGUGCAACUUGGCCACAUGCUGUCCGUCGACUUGCAGAGUCUUAUUUGAGAGAUCCUAUGAUUGUAUAUGUUGGCACUUUGGAUCUAGUUGCUGUAAAUACUGUGAAGCAAAAUAUAAUUGUUACCACAGAAGAAGAAAAACGAAGUCAUAUUCAGAUUUUUCUAGAGAGCAUGUCUCCCAAAGACAAAGUCAUUGUGUUUGUCAGCAGAAAAGCUGUUGCUGACCACUUAUCAAGUGACCUGAUUCUCCGACACAUAUCAGUCGAGUCCCUUCAUGGCAACAGAGAACAGAACGAUCGGGAGAAAGCAUUAGAGAACUUCAAAACAGGUAAAGUGAGAAUAUUGAUUGCUACUGACUUAGCUUCCCGAGGUCUUGAUGUCCAUGAUGUUACCCAUGUCUAUAAUUAUGAUUUCCCCCGGAACAUUGAAGAAUAUGUCCACAGAGUAGGGCGCACUGGACGAGCAGGGAGAACUGGUGUGUCCAUUACCCUUAUCACAAGAAAUGACUGGAGGGUUGCCACUGAACUGAUUAAUAUUCUGGAAAGAGCAAAUCAGAGUGUCCCAGAGGAUCUUGUGUCAAUGGCUGAGAGAUAUAAGGCCAAUAAACAGAAAAAGGAAACAGAAAAAAAAUCGGAAAGACCUCAAGGAAAAUCCAAGAAGUUUUAUUAUUAA